CCACUAACUGCAGGCCUCCUUCCCCCCUCUCCAGCGCCCAGCAGCACUAGGCCCCCCACAGCCAGGAUCAGCCCCUUCCUGAGCUUGGCCAGGGUCUGACAAGAAGGGCUGCACUGCCUCAGCCUGCAGCUGCCAAGGGGCUGCUUUUUGGCAGCCUGGAAUGUGGUCUUGGGCCCUGAAUGGACAUGAAGGGCAUCCUAGCAGGUCCAGGCUUGCCAUCAGCUGCACAUGUGUGUGCAUGAGUGUGUGCAGAGAUUGCAGGCUAAACUGACAAAGCAGUUUCGGGGGUAGGGGGGAGGCAAAGGAGGGGGAACUGCUGGGCUGAGCAAUGCAAGGGCUUACCCAAGAUCACUGGAAGCCCAUGUCAGUGCUGGGAGCCCCACACAGAGCCUGGGAUCCCCCUCCAGCCUCCUCAGAGCCUGCCCUUGCUCAGUCUGGCCCCAUUGCCCUGGGCACAGUCUGGGGACCGUGGCAGGUAGAGCUGUUGCCUGACCGGUGCAUGUGUGUUGCAGUUGCAGAAGCCCAGGUGGAGGUGAGGAUAUCGCCCAGCAACCUGUUGGUUGAGUACGGCGGGAACCUGACGCUGACUUGCUCAUCAACAUGCCCAGUCUCUGAUGUCCAGCUGGGCCUGGAGACCUCACUCACAAAGCACCAGGUGGACCAGGAGCAUAGCUGGGUGUUGGUCAACAUCAGCGAGUCGCAAUCCGUGGUCCAGUGCUGGAUUGCCUGCAAUGGCACUGACAAAACAAUAGCGUCUGCCGAUAUCACAACAUACCGGGUCCCAAAGCAAGUGACACUGGAACUGCCACCCAUGCUAGAGAAGGGCAAGACCUACCCCGUGACCUGCAGGGUGGUCAAUGUGGCACCUGUGAGGAACCUCAGUGUGACCCUGCAUCUCGGGGGUCAGGUGCUACACACAAAGAACUUCCAGAAUUAUACCCCGAUGAAUGCUACCAACAUCAUGGCUACAUUCAACGUGAUUGCGGAGCGCGAGUACCAUGGGCAGGAUGUCACCUGCCACACGGCACUGGACCUGCGGCCCCAUGGGCCUCUCCUCGAGAAUGCCUCCACCCCAGCCAGCCUCAGCGUGUAUGAGACCCCAGCACGGGUGGUGCUAGAGAUGACCCCAGAGAUGCAGCAGGGUAGCACUUACAACGUGACCUGCCAGGUGGAAAAUGUGGGGUCCCUGCAGAACCUCAGUGUGAUGCUAUACCGUGGGCACCAGAUCCUGCACACAAAGACCUUCAGUGAUGAUCUGGGGGCCAGGCCCCAUGACAAGCUCGUGACCUUCAACAUGACUGCACGGCGCUACCACCAGGGCCAGAACAUCAGCUGCCAUGCGGUGCUGGACCUGGACCUGAAUGGGCACAGGCUGGUGGUUGAGGAGAGCAGCCCUUCGACCAGUUUCAGAGUAUAUGCCAGCAGCCAGGCGCAGAUCGUCGCGCUCAGCAGCAUUGUGGCCUUAGUGAUAUUGCUGGUGGGCACUGGGGCUAGAGUGCUGGGGUGGCGGCUCCAGGCCCAGCAGAGAGAAGAGCGGAAGACUAGGAGCCUGGCACAGAGGGAGUGAGGCCAGAGGCCUCAGGCUGCUGUGGGGGGAGUGGAGCCCAGAGGAGACAUUGGCACAGGACAGGUCGGAAGCUCUGUCUUCCAGGUCUGUGGGGUCAUUAGCAAGGCCUCAUUAGCAGUGAACAAUAGAGAUUAAAGUUUUUAAGUAUUUG